CACUGUUCAACUCAGAAGAAGAGAGUUGACAGUCCAAAGUCUGAGCAACCAGUCUAAGAUCUCAGAGGCAGAUCCCAGGGGGACUUCUUGGUAACCAGACCCAGCAUCAUGAACAGGCUGAAGGUGAUCUCCAGGCACCUGUUUCCCGGCGGCUCCUCGGAGCCGCUCCGGGUCUUACGGAGCUCUGAGUGCGGCUCCUCGGUGCCGAGCUCCGGGGAGGAGGUGGUGGUGGUCCACGGACGGAGGACCGCGAUCGGAAAGGCCAAAAGAGGAAGCUUCAAGGACACCACGCCUGACGAACUGCUGUGCGCCGUGAUGACAGCUGUGCUGACAGAUGUUGGACUGUCUCCUGAUCAGCUGGGGGACAUCUGUGUGGGUAAUGUGCUGCAGCCCGGAGCCGGAGCUCUGAUGGUCCGAGUGGCUCACUUCCUCAGUGGUUUUCCAGAGACGGUUCCUGUUUACACCGUGAAUAGACAGUGCUCCUCCGGCCUGCAGGCGCUCCUCAACAUUGCAGGAGCCAUCAGGACUGGAUCCAUUGAGCUGGGCCUGGCCUGCGGAGUGGAGAGCAUGUCGCUGAGAUCCGUUGGGAAUCCAGGAGAUCUGAGCUCCAGUCUGUCGAAUAACGAAAAGGCCCGGGACUGUCUGAUCCCGAUGGGCAUCACGUCGGAGAACGUCGCUGAGAGGUUCGAAGUCUCCAGAGAGAAGCAGGACGCCUUCGCUCUCAGUUCGCAACUCAAAGCAGCCCAGGCUCAGAACUCGGGUCGGUUCGACCAGGAGAUCGUUCCUGUCACUGUCACAGUCGUGGAUGACUCAGGAAGGGAACGCCAGCUGAUGGUGAGGAAGGAUGAGGGCAUCCGAUCAGGAACUACGCUGGAGGGACUCUCCAGACUGCGACCUGCCUUCAAACCCGACGGCAGUACCACAGCAGGUAACUCCAGCCAGGUGAGUGACGGGGCGGCAGCCGUGCUGCUGGGCCGCAGGUCCGCUGUGGAGGCUCUGGGUCUGCCGGUGCUGGGAGUUCUGCGGGGCAGCGCCGUGGUGGGGGUCCCUCCGGACGUGAUGGGGAUCGGACCGGCAUUAGCCAUUCCUGCAGCUCUUCGGCAGGCAGGUCUCACUGUGGACGACGUCGAUGUGUUUGAAAUUAACGAGGCCUUCGCCAGCCAGGCUGUGUACUGUGUGGAGAAACUGGGAAUCCCACUGGAGAAGGUGAAUCCUAACGGGGGCGCCAUCGCGCUGGGCCACCCUCUGGGUUGCACUGGAGCCCGGCAGGUGGUGACGCUGCUGAACGAGCUCCAGCGCAGAGGCAGGAGGGCAUAUGGAGUCGUGUCCAUGUGCAUCGGCACCGGGAUGGGAGCUGCAGCUGUCUUUGAGUACCUUGGACCGUAGCAGCAGAGGGUGGAUGGAGUUCUGGUCUCUGUGAGCAGCUGAAAUGUUCUGGGAGACUCCGAGGUGGAGGAAGUUCAGGAAAGAGUUGAAAUUUAAAAAAUCAGGAAUGCUUCUGUCUCUGAGGAAAUGAGUUUAACUGAUAAUUGUAGUUUAUUUUCUUGUAAAUCCUGAAAACUUCCUGAUUUAUCUCCUGAACUUGAUGAACUGAUGGUCCCUAACAGCCAUGUGGAACAUUUUCCCAUGAAGAGAAAUUUCUUACAUUAGUCUUUAGAUGGAAGGAAUCAGAAUAAAGAAUCAGCACCUAAACCAGAA